AUGGAGUCCGAUGUACCGAAAAGAGAGCCUUUGAAGAUUCGACAGGAAAUCAAGUACAUGCCACCAGCCCCAGACUUUCAUCCGGCGCUCCUCCAGCCGGAUCUAAACUUUGGGAACAAAUUGCCCAAACACUGUAGCCGCCAAAAGUUGAUCCGUUCACGCAAAUUGUACCCCAAUUACAGCGAAAAACACAGCAAACUCGGAAGGUUCAAGGACAAACUUGUCGACAAUGAAAUGCUCUUCAGUCUUCAAAGCUUUGCGGAGAUACCCUACGCCCAAUUCAAUCUAUUCGCCACUCCUGCUAGCGUUCUGGUCACUGGUUCUAUGGUUCCAGUCAUUGUAACAGUGCAGCAUCUGAAACGUUCAGAAUCGCUUCCCUACCCUCCCGAUCUAUUUCUCAAGCGCUUAAAAGUUCAGCUGAACGCGAUGACAAACAUAUUCGUGCCUGGUGAACAGUUCGGGCGACACGCCACCAGGGCGGUCAAUACCUCAGACAAGAAGAGCAUCGUCCUCUGCGACGAGAAAUUCGAGAAAGAACAUGAACUUCCGCUAUACGAUGGACUCAAUCUUCUGGACGUAGCAAAUAUCGAGAUCCCAAAAGAAAGUACCCCAAGCUUCACGAGCUAUGGCAUAAACUUAGAAUACGAGCUGCAGAUUGAAAUUUCAGGAAGAUGUGCGGAUCGUGAGUGGACAGGCAUCGCUUGCACCCAGCCUGUACAAGUCGUCACAAGCUGGAAGAAGACGCCUAAUCAAGCCAUCGGCCCUUUUGAAGCAGGUCCUGAGCCAGAGUACCAGGAGCUAGAUCCCAUGGCGCAACGUUACGAGGUAGAUACAACCCGGUUACCAACGGAAUUAGGGGUAGAUGCUCCAGCAUACGAGCUUGACUCAAGACACAUGGCGCCACGUAUGGCAGACACCGUACCACCACCUGAAUACACUCUAUCGCACUGA